CGCGCCCGGGCGUUGCAUGGGCGCCUCGCGUGUGCGCUUUUCUUCCCCGCCCGCUCUGUGCGCGUGCCUGGACGGGCUCGCCAGGUCGGCGAUGCCUCUGCGAGAGCCGUAGCGGCGGCAGGCAGGCAGGCAGGCAGACAGACGGGCGGAAGUGUCUGUCAGCAGCAGCGGGCAGCCGAGCCCCGCGGGCUUUGUGCGCUUCCUCCUCCACCUCCUCGCCGUCGCCUCCCUCCCUCCCUCCCGCCCCACGCCCACCACCCUCGCCUCGCCACAUCCCGGGAAAGCGGAGCGGGAGGAGGAGGAUGGCCGGGCCCCUGGACCGCUUGCCCGGCGCCGUGGAGAAGCUCCCCGGCAGCUAGCGCCCUUGGCCGGCGGGGACGAAGAUGCCAUUGCGCGCCAGCCGCAGGCCGCCAGGAGCAGCAGCAGCAGCAGCAGGGCGACUGAGCAGCGGAUGCAGCGACGCCAAAGCCCGCCGGGCUCCCUCCUCCUCCUCCUUCUCCCGGGCGCCGCUCCUCCAUUGAGCAUCUGACAGCCCGCAGUAGCGCGAGACGCCGAGGCCGCCGCUUUUGCAGCCGCCGCCGCCGCGCUGCCGAGCCCGGGGCCCGGGCAAGAGCUUCCCGCUGCGCAGUGGGAGCUGGCGGGGAGACGCCGGCCAGAGGCGGCUGCGCACAGCUCGACUGCGGGGAAAAUGAGUGAACAGAGUAUUUGCCAAGCCCGGGCGUCAGUUAUGGUCUACGACGAUACCAGUAAGAAAUGGGUGCCAAUAAAGCCCGGCCAACAAGGCUUCAGCCGAAUCAACAUCUACCACAACACUGCCAGUAACACAUUUAGAGUAGUCGGAGUUAAACUACAAGAUCAGCAAGUAGUGAUCAAUUAUUCAAUUGUGAAAGGACUAAAGUACAACCAGGCGACGCCAACAUUCCAUCAGUGGCGCGAUGCACGGCAGGUCUAUGGGCUGAACUUCGCCAGCAAGGAGGAGGCGACCACGUUCUCAAACGCCAUGCUGUUUGCCCUGAAUAUCAUGAACUCUCUGCAAGAUGGAGGUCCAACAACCCAACGCCAGGUUCAAAAUGGACCUUCUCCAGAUGAAAUGGAGGUUCAGAGACGGCAAGCCAUGGAGCAGCAACAGCGCCAGGAAUCUCUGGAAAGAAGAACCUCUACCACAGUUUCCACCCUUCAGAUAAAAGUGUCUUCUUCCCCCUUCCACUGCCAGUCUCCUCCUCCUGACUACAGUAACUACAAUGCUUCCACUUCCACGGGUGCUGUCCCGCCUCCACCUCCUUACGCCAAAGUUAUCUCGUCGGCAUCUUCUCCUCUCCCUGACCCUCUGGGCAAAGCCUCUUUCAAACCCCCUCAGGGGCCCAGGGAACCCCCUCUGCACUGCCACCGACAUUCUGCCUCAGAGUUCUCUCCAUCUCCAGCUUCCUCCAUCCCUCCGGCCUGGCCAGGCUACAGGACUGUGACACGAAGCACCAAGCACAUCUCUUUAUCCCCGCCACCUGCCCCGGCUUCCCAUUACCCCUUCGCCCCUCCUCAGCCCACCAGGCGCUCCUCUCUCUCCUAUUCCCCUCAGCCUCCCUCCCCACCCGUGACCCUGACGCCCCCCGUACAAAAGGGUCUGUUCCUGCAGCCCCAUAUUCCAGUGGUCCUCCCUGUCCUCCCUGCCCAAAACGGCAGGAUGCGGGAGCCCACAGACACCGUGGUCCAAGACACCUCCGCAAACGUACCUCAGCUAGGUCUGAACGGCCACCGCGACGGACAUUUUGCCACGCAAAUUCCUCCGAGCUCCUCUAGGACCCAGGUAAAGAGAACAGACGAGUCCUAUUUCUCGUACUUGGAAGCCGUGCCUGUUUCGCAUCUGCCUGUCAUAGCCGACCCAGCGGGGUCUUACAUCCAGGCUUUCCCCCGGCCCUCCCAACAUUCGCCUCAUUCUCCACACCAGCUCUAUCCAUCCAUGUCACACUUUGUUCCUUAUUACGCCGCUGUAUCUGAGGUGAAUUUGUCCAAGAGGAACCUUCCUUACAUGACUUCAUCAACCAUUUCCCACUUCAGCCCCGUCCUUCCACCAGGCCACCCCUCGGCUGGGAUACCCACUUCCUCUGGUGGUCCACCUCCGCCUCCUCCCCCGCCUCCUCCCCCUUCGGGCACUGUGCCACCCCCGCCGCCCCCGUUGCCAGCAGGCGGUGGAGGGUCCGGCACUGACGACGGGUCCGUGUCGGGACUAGCGGCAGCUCUGGCUGGUGCCAAACUAAGGAGAGUACAACGGCCAGAGGAUGCCUCAGGAGGUUCUAGUCCCAGUGGUGCUUCCAAGGGCGAUGCCAAUAGGACGAGUAGUGGUGGAGGCGGACUAAUGGAAGAAAUGAAUAAACUACUGGCGAAAAGGAGGAAAGCAGCAUCACAGUCGGACAAGCCAGCUGACAAAAAGGAAGAGGAAAGCCAAAACGAGGAGGCUAGCACCUCUCCUUCCCCCGGUACGCGAGGCCCUGUUCAGCAGCAAAAUUCCUCAGCAGAUGCUGGAAAGAAGCCUUGGGAGAGAAGCAACUCUGUGGAAAAACCUGUCACUGCGCUACUCUCUAGAAAUCCAUCAGUGGGGAGGAGUCCUGAACCAAAGAGCCCCAUUCAGUUCCAACCAUCCUUUAGGAUGAAACCUGCAAGCAGCAGCAAUGACGUGGCCAUGGACACCUUAGAUUUUGAUCGCAUGAAACAAGAAAUAUUGGAGGAAGUUGUAAAAGAAUUACACAAAGUAAAAGAAGAGAUAAUCGAUGCCAUCAGGCAAGAGUUGAGUAGAAUCAGCACGACAUAAUGGCCAUGGAACCAUCUAGAAGCCACAUAGGAUGUGAAAGGCAACUGGAUCGUGUCUGAGCAUCCCAAGACCAUGCAAGAUGGUGAAAGAGGACACCUGGCUCUGUCUUUUGUUCUUAAAUCCUUUUUAUUAGCAGACUCAGCAGACUUUGAGGCUUGCUGCUGCCUUGGAUUUGCUUCAUUUAAAAA